AUGCCACUUCAGACUCAGUCCGGCAGUAGUAUUCGCAGACUGACUUCAAAAUUCAAGAAAAGUAUUCAAGAAAUAGUAUCAAAUCUAGCCGAAUCGAUGGCACUCGGUCAGGGUGAAACACUAGUGCAGGUUUCGGAUUUAGAUACGAUGCCUGAAAGAGUACACGGUCAAAAAUCACCAUUAGAGGUUGAUAGCGCGAUGUUGCUCGAUGAUAUUGAAGAAAAUAUUACCAUCUUAACUGAUAAAGAAACUAAAAACGAACUGACGUAUGAUUUUGAACAGUCACACGAUGCUAUUGUUGAGCAAUCGCGCCAUAUAGUUCGUUCAGUCCAGCAAAAUACCGGCAAAGCAAAUGAUAUUAAAAAUUUGUCAGAUGAUUGUGCCUGCAUGACUGUAGAUUGGGCUCAAAAAAUACUACGUACAGAGCAUAGAGAAGGGCAAUCAAAAUAUUUUGGCAAAAAAGGUAUGUCUGUACUUGUCGAAUCAUUCACGAUGAAUAACCCAGAAAUAGCAGACAGCUAUAAAACGGAAACAUACAUGUUAGCUCUCACACGAUGUCGCCAAAACGAAUUGGAUACAUUAUCCGGCGGUCAUCUAAUAGCAGCGGAGUUUGCGAAACGUCACCCCACAAAUCAAGAAACUGUUAAAAAGAUCAGACAAUGCGAGUGUUCUUGGUGA